GCAGCCCAGCGCUCUCCUUUUUUGGGUUGAAAACUCUCGGCAGAGUUACAGUCUCCAGGCAGCGAGCGAGCGGGGAGCCGCGCCGAGGACCAUGACCGGGAGCAACAUGGCGGAUGCCUUGGCCAGUGCCACCUGUGGACACUGCCGCUCACACUUUGACCCAGCGGAGCGGAUUGUCAACAGCAACGGGGAGCUGUACCACGAGAAGUGCUUUGUCUGUGCGCAGUGCUUCCAGCAGUUUCCAGGAGGAGUGUUUUAUGAGUUUGAAGGCAGGAAGUACUGUGAACACGACUUCCAGAUGCUGUUUGCACCUUGCUGUGGACAAUGUGGGGAGUUCAUUAUCGGCCGCGUCAUCAAGGCGAUGAACAAUAACUGGCACCCAGACUGCUUCUGCUGCGAGAUUUGCUCGGUGGCCUUGGCUGACCUGGGCUUUGUGAAGAAUGCAGGCAGGCAUCUCUGCAGACCCUGCCACAACCGAGAGAAAGCAAAGCGCCUUGGCCAGUACAUCUGUCAGAAAUGCCACCUAAUCAUUGACGAGCUGCCCCUGAUGUACAAGAGUGAUGCAUAUCACGCUGACCAUUUCAACUGCACCCACUGUGGGAAGGAACUGACAGCGGAGGCUCGGGAGCUAAAAGGUGAACUCUACUGCCUUCCCUGCCAUGACAAAACGGGCAUCCCCAUCUGUGGGGCGUGCCGGCGGCCCAUCGAGGGGCGUGUGGUGAACGCCCUGGGGAAACAGUGGCACGUUGAGCAUUUUGUUUGUGCAAAGUGUGAGAAACCAUUUCUGGGGCACCAUCACUUCGAGCGAAAAGGACUGGCCUAUUGUGAGAAGCAUUACAACCAGCUAUUUGGAGAUGUUUGCUACCACUGUAACCGUGUGAUUGAGGGUGACGUUGUGUCAGCUCUCAACAAGGCCUGGUGUGUUCACUGCUUCGCUUGUUCCACCUGUCACUCCAAGCUCACCCUGAAGAACAAGUUUGUGGAGUUCGACAUGAAGCCCGUGUGCAAGCGAUGUUACGAGAAGUUCCCGCUGGAACUGAAGAAGCGGCUGAAGAAGCUGUCUGAGAAAAACGCUGGGAAGUAAGGCCGGGAUAGGGGCAAUCCGUGAAUCCGGAAUCACCCGGCUCCCUCCAGAUGUCAGCACGGGGGCCGGGGACACCCUCGAUAUACUCUGCAAGGAGGGGGCAAUGUGAUGCUUGACUGAGACAAUCAUUUAUUACACUGCGGAGGGAUGGGGAGUUGGGGGUGGGGGUGUCAGACUAAUGCUUAAACCAUGCUGCUUCAAUGAAGGGACUCAGCUUUGUGUCCGUUCGUGCAUCCUCUGACCAGAGAGUGCAGUGUUGAACAAUCUCCGGUGAACACAGGCGUUUCUGGUGACGUUGCCCAGACUGACACUGAGCCCAGAGAGCAGGCACAGUACACAGAGGUGACGGGUUCUGAGCGGCAACAAGCCCCGGUAGACCCACAGCCAGGCAAAUCUCUGCCCCUGUAUGCUGACUGCACAAAGGUAACAUCUGGGCAGUGCCAAUGCAGUUUGUAAAGGCACAGUCCGGGGCCACGUGAGUCAGCUGUUGUUUUCAUUAAGGCCAAAAAUCCACCCCAAUCCUUUUACCCCUCUACCAAUAAUCCCGUCCUCCCCAUCUCCACCAAUAACCCCCUCCUCCCCUCUCCACAAUAGCCCCCUUCUCCCCUCUGUCCACCAAUUACCCUCCUCCCCUCCACAACCCUCCUCCCCUCCACCACUAACCCCCCUUCACCCAUAAUCCUCCCUCCCUCCAUUACCUCCUCCCCUCCACCAAUAACCCCCCUCCCCCUCCACAAAUAAGCCCCCUCCACCAGUAACCCUCCCUCUACCAAUAACCCCCUCCCCCUCCAGCAAUAACCCUCCCCUCCACUAAUACCCCCUCCACCAAUAAACCCCCUCCCUCCACCAAUAACCCCAUCAAUAACCCCCCACACGUUUACCUCUCCAUGCUCUCCACAGUUAACCUGACAGCAGUAAUAAUUUACUUUCAUAUAAUGCCUUGAACAUAGUAAUGCAUUCCAUCUUCAUUUGUAUCCGCAAUACUUGUCUAAUUCAUUGCUAAUUUGUAUCUCAUUUUAACUGACCUUGACAUGGCCCUGAUCAUGUUCAUGUAAGAAAAGGAGUUGUGACAUUUCUGAGUGUGGGUUUAGCCAGGGACUGUUCGGGAGGCAUGAACACUGUGCUCUCUACGCUCUGCUUCACUUGGGUUGCUUUAUUCUCAGUUGAACCCAUGUAAUACCUGGUCUGAUGGACCAACUGGACACAUAGAUGAAUCUUUGCCUAUUAAAUAAUCUCUCAGGAGCAACUAACAGAACAGAGCUUCAUCUUGUCACUUGCUUGUGAUUGAAAGAACUGGGAAGGAUUUUACACAGUAAAUCCUGCAAGAUUUACUCACAGCAUGCUUAAGGCUGGGGAGUUGUUGCCAAGUUGAAUCUAUUAAUUCUUCCUCCUUGAUGAAGAUAACGUGGCUGACCAGAAUGAAACCAAAGAGACUGCAGUGUGAAAGGGGUGACGCUCUCCAACAGACGUUAUUCAGAAACCCGAGAUGUGGCUUGUGGGUGAGAGAUCUCCCAAGCCUGAAAUGGCAGAUUUAAUGCAACGAGUGUGAGCGAUCAUCAGCACCCAACCUUCACACCGGCUCCACUGGCUCAGCUGACAGUAACCCUGAACAAUGCUUGACUAAACAGGCUGAACAGCUGGUUGGACACUAUCAGGUUAACGCACUAGGUUCCUUCACAGAGUAUGCAUAACGGUAUAGAGUUUCAAAUCAAAACAGACUCACCGGCCAGCUGGAGAGGUGAAAAUGAAGGGUUGUUGAGCUGACUCUGUGACUGUGCUCAACCUUACUUCCUCUCCCUGAAUGGGGUGGAUUCAUGAAGCAAUCACUCGCUGGUGAUUCAUGAGACGGUGCACAAAAUGAACAAAACUGCAGAUGCUGGAAAUCUGAAAUCGAAACAGAAAAUGCUGUAAACAUUCACCAGGUCAGGCAGCACCCGUGGAGAGAGAAGUCGACAUUUCAGGUCUGUGACCCUCCGUCAGAUGCUGCCUGACUUGCUGAGUGUUUCCACUCUCUCUGUUUCACUUUCAUUACACACUGCUCUCCCCAUGUAACCUUCAAAGCGGAGUCUCUCUAAAAAAUGCCCCAGUCUCAUCCAAUGUAAAACAACUGCCUCCUUUAACAACCAAGGGAAAACAACAGAAAACGAUUAAAUAAGUGGGUCUCCUGUGGUUGAUGCCCAUGGGUCAUGGUGCCCACUGAUGGCAGAAAUGAGUUGAUAGAUGACCCAUACUCCAUCACCAGGGACAUUGAACAACGAGGCAGAGAGACAGAAGGAACACGACACCAAUCCCGCUCUCGCUGGACACAUUGGUCCGGCCUGCUGCCCAAUGUCACAUGAUUCCAAGCAGGAGACCAGACCGAUGUCAGGUGUCACACAGCAGGAGCCCACCCUUCCUCACCUGAUGCCCAUGUACUGGGAGCGGGUCCUGGACUGGGGUCGGACGCAGGAGUCCUGGGUUUCCAGACGCAUUUCACAGGUCCCAAACUCAGUCAUACAAUCACUCUGUGCCCCUAGCCUAAUUGGCUGGAUGGACAGGGAUGGAACUGGGGUCUCCCUGGCUUGUGAGGCUCAGUUCAGUGUUGAGGGGUGGGAGAGGGUUUGGGGUCCAGGGAUGGAGAGUGUGGGGUACAGACACUGAUUGUGUCUCAGUGACACAGUAAGCUCUCCACCCGAAUCUUCUAUCCUCCCCUAUUGUAGGAACAUGAGGCGUGGGGGCCAUUUCACCCGCUCCAUCUUCGAUUAUGUUCGGGACUAUUUUCUAAAUCAGCUCCAAGUGUUUUUAAUCUGUCCCGGUGAGAUUACCUCUCACUCUUUAAAAUUCCACUCUACCCAAUCUCUCUUCAUAACACGACGCUCUCUUCCCCAGAAAGAACCUGCACUGAACCCCCUUUGGAACAAGUGUAACCUUCCUCAGGGGAAGAGACCAAAAUUUACACAGUGCUGUUGAGAGUUACUCCUUGUUCAUUGCUCCAAGUAUAACACUGGCCAUACCUGGGGGAAGACUUGUGAGGUGUCUGAGGUUGAGGAUGUUGUAACGGGGACUCUCACUGGGGUGCAGUUGGAGCUGUUGGUUGAAUUGGUUAAUAUUUACACAAGUGUAAAUCACAGAGACAGGCAGCUGGAUCUCGGGCCCUGAGCUGGUCUCUCUGCUCCACGUUCGCCUACUAACAGCCUUGUUCAACUCACACAGUCAGCUCCAUCUCCUUUCCAUUCUCCCUCCUAUCUUUCUCUGGUCUCCUCCUAAAUCCAGGACUUUGUCCCACUCUGUACUAUCCCUCCAACCACUCUAUAGCUAAACAAGCUCCUACCGAAUUCCUGUUUGGGUUCAUUGAUCAUAUUUAUGCCCUUAAUGUGAGUUAGCCCCACAAUGAUUUUUACUUCUCCACACUUAUUGAACUUCUAAAAUUAAAGAUCUCUGUUACACCAGCCCCCAGUCACAGCUUAUUCAAUGUCUCCUGAUGAGUAUGUCCUCCAACUUCUGAUCUCAACCUUAUAAUUCUUUAGAGCACCAAUUCUUCCAUCCCCUAUCUAGAACAUGCAGAGCAGAACUCCAAGGUACCUCUGAUAGAAAAACAGAAAUAGCAGGUCAGGCAGCAUCUGUGGAGAGGGAAAUAGAGUUAUCCUUUGAGGUCAACAUCUCUUCUUCAGAACUCCAGAGAUGCUGAGUACUUCCAACAUUUUCUGUUUUUAUUUUGUAUUUCCAGCAUCUGCAGUUUUUUGGUUUUUAUCAAUUACUUCUCUGAUAGUUCACCUGUUGAACCAACUGAGCUCAGACAUGCUGCUACAGAAAACCUCAAUAUCCCUAAUUUACGUUGAGAGAUCUUGCAUUGCGUGGAGUUUAUCUGUGGCCCGGAUUAGGUAUAACUGUGGUGUUAUCUGGAGCUUCAGAGCUCUGUGGUCUAUACACGAGGGUUUUCGUGAGAGAAAGAGAUUGCAGAAAACUGGGCAAAGGGGAAAACAUUCUGGUGGUGUAAAGGGAAUGAAACAUUAACUGUGCCCAGUGAUAAACUGUGCUCAUCAAAGCACAGAAUUUUCGGAGGUCAAACCUUAGUCAAGAUCUGAAAAGUAAAAUGUGGUUCCCUUCCCUACACAACAAAGACACACUUUCAGAGGAAGGAAGUCCCAGAACUUCAAGUGUCUCCAGUGUCAUAAUUGUAAGGUGCCCGUGUUGGAGUUGGAUUUAGCGGCUUAGAAAGCAGAUAUACUGAUUAUAGUCGACAGCUGCAUAAAGCCUGCAUUGUAAAUUGCUCGUAGUUCUGCUUGUUCUGCUUACUAAGCUCAGUGAAGGUUUUUGUACCAUGUUUGUUGAUGUCCUGGUUCAAGUAACAGGUUACUUGCAUCACCCUGGGCCCAGAGCACUGGGAUGUGAGUGUCAGUGCACGAGUCACACAUCCAGAAUACUUUGUCCAUCACACUCUCACCUGGCCCAUUGUCACACUGGUUGGUCUUGUGCACUUUCCCUAUUCUAGAUUUUCAACUCCUGUAACUUUAUCAGAGCAAUCUCUAUCCCUCAAGCCUGAUUCUCUGUUCCUUCUACAUUGCCUCUGCUUUUCCUUCUAACCAUCUCCACAAUUUCCUUUGGGGUAAAAUUCAGUGGGUCCGAGCAUUAAACAUGCCAAGUGACUGAGCUUCCACAGCUCGCUAGGGUAGAGAAUACUAAAGGUUCACAACUCUUUCAGUACAGAAAUUAGUCUCCUUUGCAACCCUAAAUAGCCCAGCCUUACCCUGAGACAUUGGUGCCUAUUCUAGAUUUGCCCAAUUAUCUCCAGUCAAGGCUGAUUAGUUAGUCUGGGCGUGUUAAUCAAAGCUUGGACAUCCCCCAGAACAUCGUCUGUAGAUGCACCAUCUGGGCAGAGUAAAGAGCCUCUCAGCUUCUACCCUCACCUUCAUCCUUAGGAAUUGGGAGGGUGUAGGGCAGUUCUAUUGAAUCUCUUCCAUGGUAACACCCAGGAAUGCUCUGAAGGUAGAUGGCUUCCAUAAGUGACACUCUCCCCUUGGUCCUGGGAUGUCCUCAGUCACCUUGAUAUCCAAACUUUCUUUAACAUACCCAAAGUAAACAAGCUCCUUUGACCAGAGGUGAUCUCAUCUUUCAAUUGGCCAAGCCCUGACCAUCCAUCUCCCUCAUGGUCAUUGAUAUGUGGCACCCAGUACCUCCAAUUCCAGUCUUUGCACAGUCUCAGGGCUUCUUAUUCCCAGCCCUACAACACUCCCAUCCCAACUUGCCAGAGACAAAGACCGCUGACUGUGCGGCGCUUCCCCAGAACCCCACUCGAGUGGCAGCCAAGGUCUAAGCAAUUGUCUAAGCCCCCAUCACCCAGGUAUGUUUGUGUCCAUUUGGAUCUGAUUAAAUCUCAGUUUGGGAGCUUUAUCGCAUUACAAACACUGCAUGAACGCCAGCUGUUGUUUUAAAAUUUAUUUCAUUGAUUAAAUAAACAGGCAUAAUUAAAGAAAAUGCACGCAUUUCCACAGUAUCUUUCAUAAUGUCCCACUGUGCUUCAAAACCAAUAAAAUAUAUUUGAAAUGUAAUGCUAGUUGUAUGUAAUUGCACUGGUUAAUUUAUACAGAGAGAGGCCCCUCAAACAGCUCUGAGAUACACGGUAGUGAGUUUUACUGUAGGUUAGGGAGUUACAGAGGAUAUCCUUGGCUUCUUUGGGAAGUGGUGUGGGAUCGGUGGAGAUGCACACAUUCCCCACUAGGAAGUCACUCAGUCCCCCAGGCAAAGGUCAACUGGAUCAUCCCCAUCCAGAUCACGAUACAAAGACCAUCAUCACCAACGUUAUAUCACUCCCCACGUCACCCACCCAUGUUACACCCUCUGUCACCCACCCAUGUUACAUCACCACCAUGUCACCCCACUCACGUCACUCCGCCCACAUCACCCAAUCCAUAAUACACAACCCCUUCGACAUCAGCCACACCCAACAUCACUUACUUGCAUUAUUAUUUGGCACUCAUAUACACACACAAACUGUCACACCCACCAGUGUCCCCAGACCCAGACAA